AGUUCAACCCAGCCUAACAUAUUAUCAUACAAUGCUUAUUUUGAAAGCAGAAAUCGGAAGUUGCUUUGUUGUUCCUUUACAAGUGUCUUGAUAGCUAGCGUUAACAGUUGACUGACUUAAAAAAGAUCUCACAGCUAAAGGCUGAUUUGUGAUACAAACCUAAAAUGCAAAAUUAUUGUGUUGUGUCGAAUUGCACUAAUUGCAAAUCUGAUGCACAGCCACUGUUCAGGUUUCCUCAUGAUCCCACAAGGUCCAAGCAGUGGGUUGAAAAAUGCCAGAGGCAAGAUCUCAUGGACAAAUCACCAGACGAGCUGCACAGAUACUACAGACUUUGUGGAAAGCAUUUUGAAGCAUCUUCAACCGAUAGUGAUGCUCAGAGUAUAGUGCUGAAGGAUGAUGCUGUACCAACUAUCUUUGACGUGCCAGGCCAACCACAACAUGAACAGGUUAAGCACAACAAAGAGACGACCAUAGAUAAUGAAACAGAGAGUAAGGGGAGAAAAAAAAUCAAAAAGUCUCCAGUAGAGACAGCUAGGAAGGAUGUCCAGAGAGUACCAGAGGAAGAGGAAUACAAAGAGUAUCUCAAGUCAUUAUUUGAAGUUCUUGUACUGCUGGGAGAGCAAAGCAUUCCUCCUACUGGGCCUAGUGACAAUAAACAAGAUGGGCUUGGGUCAUGCAACUUCCAGGCUUUGUUAGAAUAUCGCAUGAAUUGUGGAGAUGAAGUCCUAAAGAAGAGGUAUGAUGUGAGCAAUGAGUGCUGUUCCUCAGCUCAGCUGAAUCAGUUGAUUGAGGUGUGUGAGAAAUACAUCCGUGGUAAGCUGGUGGAGGAAGUUACACAAAACGGCCUUUUCUCAUUACUAACUGAUGAUCCGGUGAAGGUCUCAGGAGAAUGGUACCUUCCUGUGUUUGUCCGGUUUGUGGACCAGUCUAACUGCCAGCAGGAGAGGUUCUUUGGAUUUUUGAGCUUUGAAGGAGAUGGAGAAGCCCUGGCAGAGAAUCUGCUGUCUGAGAUGACUGACAAAUGGGGUUUGGAUAUGGAACAGUGUAGAGGUCAAGCUCACUUCAGCUCUUCAACACAUUACAGUAAAAUAAAAUCAUUUGCUGCCACAGUGGUUAAAAGGUAUCCAAUGGCGGUGCUUACACUGAGAUCUACUCGUACACUGAACUUGUCACUGGCCAGUGGCAUGGCUUUGUCAGGAGUCCAGCUUGUCAUGUCUACCUUUAAGAAAAUUGAGUCAUUUUUCAGUCAGUCCCCUUCACUGCAGUUGGAGUUGGAGCAUGCUGUUUUGAUUUUCUGUUCAGACAAUGAGGAGAGAGCCAACAAACUGAAAGAGAUCUGUCAUACCAGCUGGACCAGAGGACAUGAUGCGUUUGAGGUGGCAGUUGAAAUCCUAGAAGCACUGCUACUCUGUGUAGACAGCGUGCAUGACAACGAAGACAUGAGGUGGAGCGAUCAGGUUACACACGAUGCCUUAGAGAUUUCAAAAGCACUAUCUGAUUUUGAGUUUGUCAUGGCAUUGGUUGUGCUGAAAAAUGUUCUGACACUUACUCGAGCAUUUGGGAAGAAUGUGCAAGGAAAAGCAACAGAUGCCUAUUUUGCUGCGACCAAUUUAAAAGCUGUGUUGCACUCCCUGAAGGAAGUGUCUGACAACAUUGAUGUGUAUCAUGAGUUUUGGCAUGAUGAAGCCCUUAACCUAGCCACUGCAAUGGACAUCCCAGUCAAGGUUCCUCGGUCAUUCUUGAGAAAGCAUCAAUCAGAAUCUGGAACCGUUCAGCCACAGAGUUAUUACAAGGACCAUUUGUCUGCUCCUGUGCUGAACCACAUCAUCAAAGAAAUGAAUGAGCUCUUCAGUGAGGACCAUCUGAAGACUUUGAGGUACCUGUCACUGGUCCCUUCUGUUAUAGAGCAGCGUAAGUCUGCUAAACCAGAAGAUGAUAGCCUCUCCACUGAGUUCCGCUGUUGGUGGGUUAAAUGGAGCAAAAAAUGCAAAGGUGAGACUUGGCCUUCCACUCUCCAUGAAACACUACAACAUGCUGAAGUAAAGUUCUUCCCAAAUAUGCUUGCAGUCCUGAAGCUGCUUGGCAUCCUGCCUACUGUGGCUCUGGAGGACAGCUGUGAUGUGGCAUAUAAGCGCUUCAUGAGGUAUAUGGAGAACAUGCCUGACAAAUUCAAAUCAAAAAGUCUUGCUCUUUUGUAUAUGAACUAUGAUAUUAAGUAUGAUCUUGAUUCAGUGGUUGAGGACUACAUGAAGAAAUACCCUGACGAAGGGGAGAGGGAGGUGUCUUAGGAGGUUGUGAUGUGGUAGUUGAAUCUCUGGACAGGUUAUUCACAGCUUUGUCAAUGGGUCUUGUGUUGAUUGUGUUACAUUGAGAAACAACUCUUGUCUCUCUCUUACUCUUUAGACUUUAAGUAUUUUUUGGUAGCCUUUUUAGAAAAUUUUUGGAAUUGAAAUGAACAAAAAACUGGACUGCAAGGUGUCACACCUUAUUUUUUGCUGUUCUGUCUUUAACACCUUUUACAUACCGUGUUUUACAAGCUAGUGUUGGCUGUUUUGUAAAUUUCCCAUGUUGGGUAUGAGUACUGAUUCCAUCUAGUCCAUUUCUUGAUUACCAUUUUUCAGAUUAGUUGCAAAUUGUUGUUUGACAGGGAGUUAAUAUUCUUAUUACUUUGUAAAAGUGUCUUUGUAAAUAAAGAGGUAAGCUUCAUGAGUAUUAUGUUUUAAAUACUGUGUAUAUAUUUGUGUGUGUGUGCGUGCAUGCGUGAAGCUUUACACACAUAAGACACUGAUCCAUGAGUUUGAUCAUUUGUGACUGAACAUUCAGAUGAAACAUUUCUAUUAUUUAAUUUUUAUCACAUUAUAUUGGAUAUACAGUACUGUGCAAAAGUCUCAGGCCACCAUUAGCUUAGGUGCUUUAGUGAGGUUGUAAUGAUAAUUUUAUUUAUACUUUUUUUUUUCUUUUUUCUUAAGAUAUAAC